AUGUUCUCUCUGUGUUCAGUCUUGAUUGGCGACCAGUGCGACUGCAACGCUGGCAGUGACGUCACGAUCGCGACGGACCGCUUCUCGGUGCGGUGUGUCUUUCGGGCAGGCGCCGAGUUUUCCCAAGGCUUCGGGCUGGCAGCAGUUCAACAGAGCAAUCUGGAAGGCACAACCCUGGAGGGUAUGAACAUACUGCCUGGAGCGCCGUUCGUGCAAGCUUUCAAGCACGCAGGCCAGGUGUUGAAGAGCCAGGAUGCACUGAAGAACAAGAAGACGUCAGGAACCUCGAGUGCCUUGUCUUACUGGUAUUCAGAGUUCGGGGACUUGGGUCAGGUUGCCAUCGAUGGCGUUGUCCAGUUUGUACCAGAUGUGACCAUCACUGUUCAUGACAGCGGAACGACAGAGUUCCACAUCAGUGGCAUGGUGCGCGCAUCCGUUCAAGCUCUGGUCGAGGCGCAAGGCAGCUGCUCCUACAAGGCCAUGAAAGGAUUUCCGGAUCCUCCCAAGAAGAAGAUCAUUUGUGCUGGUAAGUUUUGCAUCGUGAUCAUGCUUCAGAUGGUUGCAGAGCUGAACCUGGAGGGUACCCUGACGGGAACUCUCGAAGUGAGCACCGAAGCGGACUUUCGAAUCGCGGGCUCCGUGCGUGCCACGGCGAACGGUCAUGCAGACGUGGAUGUGAACAGCCCAGAGAUCACGCACAAGCAAGGCUUCGCGAUUGGAGCCAGUGCUACGGCAUCCGCUAGGGUGAGUUUGGGACCGGUCCUCACGAUUUGGCCAGUGCCGGGUAUUCCUAUCACUUUCAGGCCUAUGGUGCAUGCUGAGGCCAAAGCCCAAGGCACACUGAGUUACGAGUCGGGCCAUGGGCUGCUCUUCAUUGAGGAGUCUCACCAUGUUUCUGCUGCAGCCGGGUCUAACUCGAAUUUGAACAUGACAACGAGUAACCUGGAGAUGUGCGGAGCAGCCGCCCUCAACAUCUAUGCCGACGUCGACAUCACGGGCUUCGCGCUGCCAGCUCUUUUCAAAUCUCGCUUCAACAGCCGCUUCCUCAUUGAUCAGUUCACAGCAGCCGUCAUGGCCAGUGCUGCAGCCAUGCUCAGAGCCAUGACGGGGCCGCUCCAGUGCAUUCCAGGUGCCAGCACAGCUACAAAUUUCAUCAUGGCGGCGGCUCGAGAGGCAGCAUCCCAAAUCACAGGACUCAUCCCGAACCUUAACCUUGACUUGGGCCUACCAGCGAUUCAGCUGCUCUCCCCCCAGAAGCUCUUCUGCAAGGAGGUCUACACGACUCCCGGCUUCGACUCUGCCCCCUGCGCAGCAGAGCUUGGGUGCAAGCACGCGGGCCGAGGGCCUCCACCCGGGGAAGAGCUCCCGCCACCCGAACAAGUGAGAAAUCAUGACACGAGGGCCUCUGGAAGCACCACAUGCCCGGCACUCGUCAUGGGAGAUCGAUUCAUUCAACUGGGGAACACAUGGCGAUUGGCCGACAUUGAUGGCCAACACUUGGUUCUGCAGCACAGUAACGGCGAGGUUCCGAUUGUGUGGCGGAACGAUGGGAGAACCUUCUGGCGUCCCUGGCAUCGUAACCAAAAUCGUGAGGCCUGGAACAGGGCGGCCGGGCCGUCCAAAGGGAUCUCGUUCGGCUUCCAGUUCGUCCAGAUUGGCAACUUCCGUAUUGGUGCCAAUGAUGAUGAUCACUUCAGCGUGGAUUCCAACCACCACAAAUGCGCCCAGACUUGGCGGGGCCACGACCUCUCAGUGCACCACUCAACCGGCUGGAACCUCUACGACCGUGGUGAAGGGUUUCAGACAGGCGUCACCUUCGGAGAUAGGUUCAUACAGGUGGGCAAAAUGCGAUUUGGCGCAGCUGACGACAACCACUUCAAUUUCUACUUCACCCCCACUGCCAAGACCUUGGAGAUUUUCCGAGGCCACGACGGGACUCGGCACGCAGGCAACAACCAGCAUUGGAAUCAUCAUAAUGAGAUGGUGGUCAGCAGAUUGCCCGCCCACUGGACCUGCCCCGAUAUCGCCGAGAAGGCCCAUGGAGAAUGCAACCCAGAGUUCGGACAUUGGGGCGAUCGCUUCAUUCAGCUCGCGAAGUGGCGCCUAGCAGCCAUAGACGACAAUCACUUCAGCAUCUCUCACAAGGAUGGGAAGACGGCCCAAAUCUAUCGUAACGAUGGCCAUCUCUUUCCCGGUCCCCGCAACGACUUCGGUGCCUGGCACAGACCUAUCGGGUUUCCGCACGGCAUCACCUUCGGGCCAAGCUUCAUCCAGAUCGGCAACUUCCGCAUCGCAGCUAUGGACCACGACCACAUGAGCAUCACUCACAUUUCCGGGAUCACAGCAGAUGACAAUCACGUAUACGUGACGAACAGACGCUACAACAAAAGCCCUCAAAUUUUCAAAUGGGACCCCGUCCAUCGGGUCACCGAGCUGGUUUCUGGGACACAGCAUCACUACGCCUAUAGGGUCAACGAUCGAUAUGCGAUGUGGCAUUGUGGUGGCAUCCAAGAAAUUCUGGGAACAUGCCCCGGAAUAACCGCAGGUGACGGCUUCCUACAACUUAGCGACUGGCGAGUCGCGGGAAUAGAUUCGCACCACUUCUCCUUCUCGCACCGCAGCAUCCACACUCCCCUGAUCCUCACUUCCGACGGUCGCACCCACUCUGGCCCACGAAGGGACUGGCACACCUGGGACCGUGAAGCCGGCAUAAGCACCAUCAAGUUCGGAGAUCGCUUUAUCCAGUUUGGCCAUUGGUGGCGAUUGGGUGAAUGGGAGCAGAAUGGGAGACAUUUCGUCCUCUCCCACCGCAACAACAAAGCUCCGAUCAUUUGGCGCGAUGACGGCACGGUGCACAACGGACCCCAUCAUGGCUGGAGUUUGUUUGGACGAGCUACUGGCGCACCAUCAGGAAUCGCCUUCGGACAUGGCUUCGUGCAGAUUGGCAAGUGGCGAAUUGGAGAUGUGGACGGCCACCACUUCUCCAUCACUGUGAACGGCAAAACCGCAGAGAUCUUUACGGCCGAUGCAAGGCGACACUAUGGCCCCCGUACAGACUGGACCACCUUCGGUCGUCCGAUUUCGGACUGCCGUGUCGUGCCAGAUGCCGGUGCCCAAGUGAUACAGCCACCUUUGACAGAGGGUUUGGAGUGCGAGUACUUCUACAACCAUGCUCAGUGCGCUGUUCCGGAGCUCGGGAGUGGUUUGACCCCGGCUCACUCCCACGUUCUUCCCAACGUCUACAUGCACCACCGGCAGCUUCCCUCACCUUCGGCAGACCGAUAA